AUGGCAAUGGCUCAAGGAGCAUCUGUCGAUUACGAGAUGUCCAUGAGGACUGUGCAUCUGGAGAAGGAGUAUGAGAAAAGCCUGUCAGACUCUGCGCGUCUUCUGGAAGGCGAGAGAGAUCGCGUGCGACGCAUGGAGCACUUGUUCUUAGAAUUCGAAAACGAAGCUCUCCGAUCGCAGUUGGAUGAAGCGAACGAACACCUCCUGCGGUUCACCAACGCUGAUUCCGAGGCCUGUGUUCAACUUCAGGAAGCCUGCCGGGAAAUUGAUCGCUUGGAACGUCACGCGCAAACUUCGUUGAGCGAGAUAGACCGACUCAGAGAAGAGCUCGCCAGCUGGAAGCAUACUUCGACCAGCUACAACGCAAUCUUUGCUGAGAAGGUUCGCCUUUCCAAAGACCUUGCAGGCCUACAAACAGAAAUGGAGCGGCUCAAGGCCGAAAGCUCAUCACAUCAAGCUAUGGUUGCCGAGAAAAAUAAGAUGGAACGGCAGCUGAAUUCUCUGGAGAUUCAACUUGAUAACGAAAAACAUGCCCACGAACGCACUCAGGCUAAGGGAUCGCAGCAAACAGCGGAGAUAACCAAACUAUCUGCACGGGUGGAUGAGUUACGAAAUGAACUAGCGGGGGAAUCGCGAGCAAAACAACAGCAAGAACUAGACAAACGGCGACAGAGUUCAGAAUUUGACAGCCAGCGCGCAUUACUUGAAGGGAAGAUUGAUUCGCUAAAACAGCAAUUACGAUCGACCAAGGACAAGCUACAGGAAGCUCAGAAUGAAUUAUUGCAGCGACGCAACGGCAAAGUGGACAGAGGAGAUGAUUCGGAACCACGCUCUCGAACUAUCCCACUCCAGCGCCCUGGACCCAGUGGUCAUGUCGGGGUCACGAUUGCAACUCCUGGCGCCGUUCGAGUUCAAGAGAAGAUGAAAAGAGACUCGGCCUUACCUGGUGACAAAUCGGCAUUCUCUAUUACUCCCUUCUUGAACCGCACAGGUGCACCGGCAGAUUCCCCAUUGAGUUCAGUGGCAGACGAAGAUGACAUGCGUGAAGAUGCCGAUACCACACAUGAACUACUUGACAAAGGAAACCCCAUUGGUCAGCCCAAGCGCAUUGGUUCUGCCUUGCGGCGCCAAUUGUCUCCAACUCAAGACCGCAACCCCAUCAGUAAACCAGCGAAAUCGAGGGCGCGUGAUGUCUCGGAUUUCAAGAAGCCAGCCAACCGCCUGGAUCGCCAGAUGCUGCCCGUUGAUACUGAUGAUGAACAGCUUAGUGAACAUGAGCAGGUCAAGCCGAAAAAACGCAAACUCGGUGGUCCACGAGACCGAAGUUUGAUGGAGGAAGAGGAUGAUGAUGAUGAAGGAGAGCCUCGUCAGAACAAGAAAGUUGGGCGCAAACUUGCACUAGGGGCUGGUCGUACGUCAAAGUUAGGUGGUAUGCAGCAACCAAGCACGUCUAAUGGCGAGCGACUGCAACGAGGUCUUGGAUUCGGUGCACCUAUGGGAUUUUCUCCGUUGAAACGGGACCGCAAGCGAUUCUGA